GUCCAUGCCGGUUCAGUUCCACAUGGCAAGAGGCACAUACAGGACUUCGGAGUAGCAGUGUUUAUGAACUAACUCGGUUUGCAUAUGAGGCUGAAUAAUACUCAGAGGGUUGUCGUCACCGGUGAUUCGCUCGUUAAUUGUAUAUUAUGGGUAAAAGCAAGAACAAAAAAUUUAAGCGUCCUCAAUUUUCGGCUGACGGGCUGCCAGUAACUAUUGUAAAGGAAACUGAAGAUGAAUGUGUUGAUUCUCCAGCCGGAGAGAUGCUCGAAAAACUGCAGAGCCCCAGUGCAGAUAUGCGGGAGUAUGCCUGCGCCAGCAUCUCGCGGAUGGUGCAGCUAAGGCAGGUGAUCCCGGCCUUCCUGCAGCGGGACGCCGUACGGUGCCUGGGGCCCCUACUGCUGGACCGCAGCCUGGCUGUGAGGGAGACUGCAGCCGGGGCUCUCAGGAAUCUCAGUGCCUGUGGAGGCUUUGAGGUCUGUGACGACAUGGUGAAGCAGGACGUGCUAACGCCACUGGCGGCUCUCUUGAGAGAGUGUUACGUGGGCUUUGACUCGCCUGUCCCAGCUGAACCGCGCACAGAGCCGCGGCACUCUGUCGAGGACGUGGCCAACGAAGCUGUGCACUUGUUGUGGAAUCUCUGUGAGAGCAGCAGCCGGGCCAUGUCUGUGUUCAACAAAUCCGGGCUGCUGGACGUGCUGCUACAGUGUCUGGCUCGACACCCACACAACGUGGAGCUGGCCUUGUCUGCCGCUCACUGCCUGCAAACUGUGACGGAGGAGAAUUCGGACCUUCUGGCUGCCCUGAACUUUUCAGUCCUGCAGGGGCUGGAGUCCGUGCUGCUGUCACCCCAGACGGACAUGGCCCAUGUGCUGCUGCGCACCCUCGUCGCUGGCGCCAUGUGGAACCUGAAGAGUAGCAUGCCCUCUGAUUGGCAGGCCCACGCGCUAGGAGCCAUCGUGGAAACCCUUGGCUGUGCCCUGGAGCUGGACUCCGGGAGGCUGAUCCCAGAGCUGCGGGAGGCUGAAGAGGCCCGGCACAGGGCUGCUGUCAAGGGGGGCGCCGCUGCAGACGACAGGGAUGGGACCGAAGACAUGGAGGAGGAGGGAAAUGAGGAGGCAGAGGGAGACUGCAAAGCCCAGAAGGGGAGAAGCAGCUGCAAAGGGGGCGAUGACUUCUCUGACCUGCAGCCUCCAAAAGAGGUAGAGCUGAGGGAAGCCAAUGCCCUGCUGGUGGCUCAGCAAACCUCGCUGGAAAUAAUCGUCAACAUGUGCUGCUCAGAUGACCCCUCCGAUGAUGAAUGGGAAGAAACCUCGAGCAGUGACGAGAGCGAGAUCUGCCCUGAUGGCAUUGCCGAUGUCAACUCCAGCCUGCUGUCCCCCCUCUGCCUGUCUGCAGAGAUCCACAGUGCGCUGGUCAACUUCAGGAUCCCUGAGAAGGUUCUCAGGAAGACAGAGUUCCCCAGCAGUGCUGCCAUGGAGGUCUGUGGUACGACUCCGGCCUGGAAGAGCCUGAUGAAAAAAAUGCAGCGGGUGCAAUGCCGGGCGCUCACCUGCCUCCACAGCAUCCUGUCUGCCAUGGACAUGGAGGCCCUGGGGGGAGCCACAGCCCUGCGGGCGCUUGCAGAGCACCUGUCCAAGCUGGUUUUCAGCACUCCGGAGAUCCCGACGCAGGAGGAAUUCCUGGAAGCGGUCAUCAGCGCUUUGCGGUCACUGCUGCAGAUGAUGGCUUCCAAGAACAUACCCCAGUGUGUCAGCCCCCAGCAGCUGAUGAGUCUGAGCGAGGCAGCAUCGCAGUGUGAAGCAGUCAGCGUCAGAGUCAGUGCAAUGGCCAUCCUGGGGAUCACCGGCAGCAUGCUGGCCAGGGAGCCUGACUCAGCAGACAGCCUGCAGCUUAUAGGAAACGCCCUGCUGGAAGUGGCGUCGAAAGACCCUAACAUGGUGGUGUGCGGGGAGGCCCUGGACGCUCUCUUUGACGUGUUUGCGGAUGGAAAGGAGGCAGAGAGAGCCGCACAUAACAUCGGUCUGCUGCCUGCGUUAAAGAGCUUGCAGCCAGUGUUCAAGGCCAAGCUGCGCAAGGAAGGCAAGGGAAAAUACAGCCCUGACCAGCUGUGCGUGCUAGACAACAUCAAGGUCAACCUGCGGAGAUUCAUCGGGUACCUGGGGACGCUGGAGAGGAGCUGCACUACCUAGGAGCGUAACCGGAGAGCGAGAGCCGGAAGGGUGGAUGAUUUACCCCCACUUUUCACAAAAAGGGUUAACGGAGGAAAACUCGUUAAAAACUCGUUUUUUUUUUAUCCAGUAACUAUUUGAAUAAUGUGAUAAAGAAUGUUGAAUACUCAGAGGAAUUGUUGCAAUAAAUUUACAGGGAAGUACUUCCCAAUGCAAUAAAGUGUUUAAGUUAUUGCCAUUAAUUCAUUUUUUGCCAGUUUUAGCAAGGUAGAGUUUUGUGAUUUUGUGAAGAGAAUGUGUGUGUGGAAUAAAAGGUGGUGGUACAGAUGAUUUAUACGUGAGAACAACUGUUCGGGCUCCUCGGCGGUGACCUCAGCACGUGUCAGUUUAUGGAAAAUGUGGAUUUUACCAUCAGGUAUUUUCUCUCCUCCUGAGGUUGCUUCUCGUGUGGUAUAAACUGCCAGCUGAUAACGUCAGAGAUUAGAAUUUAAUGAGUGAAAGUAAAGCAAACCGCUCUUACUCUAUUGUGAAAUGCAUGGAUUAUUCUCAAAAACUGACAUGUUCUGUAUUAAAAAAAACAGUAUUCUGGAACCUAA